AAAAUUGCUGCAAGAAAAUAGAAGUUCAUCCAAUAAGUAACAUAGUGCCACAUAAAAAUUGCGGCUAUAAUUUGUGUAUGCUUACAUUCAUGCAAGAAAUAGUUAGUAAAGUGAUUACAGCUGUGAAAACAUUAGUGUCAAGACUGACUUAAACGUCAGUCAAUAAGCAACUGUUCGUCCCACAUAGAUUGCAAUACACAGAUCAAAAAAUUAUAGUUAUUACAGUUAUAAAGCAACAAAAAGGGUGGAGAUUCUGAAGCUUUACACAAAGUAUUAGUGAAAGGAACGACGUUGCAAUCGAGACAACAACGACACUUCAAGUAAAGCAAAUAAACAACAGCGCAACAAAAGCCGCUUGAAAGGCAGCAAACAGACACAACAAUAAAAUUAACUCUUUCCUGCGGCAACAAAUCACAAAAAGGUCCUCAACUGAGAUCCAAUUGUCUAGCAUUUUAUAUCAUCAUUUCCAACGCAUCCCAUUUUUUACAAUAUUCAACGCAUCCCAUUUUUUACCUUUUCCCUUCGCAUAAUCUAAUCUCUCUUGACAAAUCGUAUAAGUUCAUACAAGAGGAGCCAUUAUGACUGAGGAUACAGAAUAUAAGAAAUUGCCCGUGGACGAGCGUUGCGUACACAAAUUGUGGAAAGCACGCGUAGAUGGCUAUGAAGAAGCGGCCAAAAUUUUCCGUGAAAUCGACGAUGAAAAAUCGCCAGAAUGGAUGAAGUUUUUGGGCCUCAUAAAAAAGAUGGUCGUCGACUCGAAUGUAGUCGCCCAAGAAAAAGGACUCGAGGCGGCUUUGAUAUUUGUUGAGAAUUGCGGUCAGGCGGGCAAAACAGUGGGCGAUGUGAUGGCGGGCAUUGUGCAGAAGUGCAUUGCAGCACCCAAAGCCAAAACCAAAGAUAUUGCCGUGCAAGUGACGCUCAUGUAUAUUGAAAUUGAAAAGCAGGAGGCUGUCAUGGAGGAGCUUAUCAAGGGCAUGGAGCAUAAGAAUCCAAAAAUUGUUGCCGCCUGUGUGUCGGCCACAACAAUGGCGCUGCGUGAUUUUGGCAACAAAGUAGUCGGUGUAAAACCACUGAUUAAGAAGCUGGCACCACUGAUGAGCGAUCGCGAUAAGACGGUACGUGACGAAGGCAAACAGUUGGCCAUAGAGAUUUAUCGCUGGAUUGGCGCCGCAAUGAAACCACAAAUCACCUCAUUGCCUCAGGUCACACUCAAAGAGCUAGAGGAUGAAUUUGAUAAACUCAAGGGAGAGAAGGCUGAACCGUCAAGAUAUCUAAAAUCACAACAGGAAAAGCAACAGCAAAUUUCUGCCGCCGCAGCAGAGCACGAUGAAGCUGGUGAUGAUGAUGAUGGCGAGGGUGAAGAAGUUGUUGAUCCAAUGGAUCUCAUUGACCCAGUUGACAUACUCUCGAAAAUGCCCAAAGAUUUCUAUGACAAAUUGGAGGAGAAGAAGUGGACAUUGCGUAAGGAAUCGCUAGAAGCACUCGAAAAACUUUUAACAGAGAAUCCAAAAUUGGAGAACGGCGAAUAUGGGAUACUGGUGAAUACACUGAAAAAGGUCAUCACGAAAGACACCAAUGUGGUGCUGGUCGCAAUGGCCGGAAAGUGUCUGGCAAUGUUGGCCAAUGGCUUGGGCAAGCGUUUCGGCACCUAUGCAAUGGCUUGCGUGCCCUCUCUUUUGGAAAAAUUCAAAGAGAAGAAGGCCAAUGUUGUCGCUGCGCUUCGCGAAUCCACGGAUGCUAUCUACCCAUCCACCAGUUUGGAAGCUAUGCAGGAAUCCAUCGUCGAGUCGCUGGGCAAUAAAAAUCCAAACGUCAAAUCGGAGACAGCUUUCUUUCUCGCUCGUGCCUUUGCACGCACUCAACCAACUGCUAUCAACAAGAAAUUACUCAAAUUGCUUGUGACUACACUUAUAAAGACAUUAAACGAACCUGAUCCCACAGUACGUGAUGCUUCAGCAGAAGCUUUGGGCACUCUACUCAAACUAAUGGGCGAUAAAUCUGUGGGACCUUUCCUGAUUGAAGUGGAUGCACUUAAGAUGGCAAAGAUUAAGGAAUGUCAAGAGAAGGCCGAAAUUAAAGUGAAAGUGAUAGGCCCCAAAAAGGAACGACCUGCUACUGCGCCAGCGUCCAAGACUUCAGUUACAGGCUCAGCUGGUAAUGUGGGUUCGGGUGCAUCGUCACGUAGCGGUUCCACCGAACCGAAGCCAGUGUCGCGUCCUGCUACCGCAGGAGGCAAGAAGUCGGUUAAACGUGCAGUAGGUGGUGGUAGUGGUGGUGCCGCACCACUCUCCAAAUCCGCUAGUAACGCUAAAAUGUUGGCUACUGAGCGUGAAAUGUCACUCGAAGAAGUGCAAGCCAAGGCUGAGGAAUUGCUGCCGGCGGACGUGCUUUCUGGUUUGAUUGAUUCGAAUUGGAAGAAUCGUUUGGCAGCUUGUGAGAACUUAUUACAAACAAUUGGUGAUUUUGAUGCCAAACAACCGGGUUUGUCACAGGUACUUGUGCGUACGAUUAGUGCACGCAAGCCGGGUUUGAAGGAGAUGAAUUUCCAAGUUCUGAAGAAUAAACUGGACAUCAUUCGCAUUGUCGCCGAAACUUACCCGCUAACAACGAUUACAAUCGAUCUGGUGGUUAAUGAGGUGACCGAAAAGCUAGCUGACAUUAAAAAUGGGGUCACGGCUGCUGAUGUACUUACGGCUUUUGCUGAAGCCACUAAAUUAGAGCAUAUAAUAGGACGCGUACUCACCUUUGCCUUCGACCAGAAGUCACCGAAAGUGCAAUCCGAAGCACUGAAUUGGGUAAGCAAGGCCAUACUAGAAUUUGGCUUUCAAAUCCAACCCAAACUAUUACUCGAGGACGUCCGCAAAGCUGUGCAAAGCAUAAAUCCUACAGUGCGCAGCGCUGGUAUUGGUUUACUCGGCACAAUGUCCAUGUAUAUGGGCAGCACGCUAAUGAUGUUCUUUGAGAGUGAGAAACCGGCAUUGAAGUCACAAAUUCAGACGGAAUUCGAUAAGAAUGCUAGUGAAAAGCCCCCAAAACCGAUACGUGGUGUUAAGAAAUCUGGUGCCAACUCAGGCGGUGGCGCUGGUGAAGCCGAUGAUGAUGCGUGCGAUGACGACGAGCCACAGGAGCAAAUGAAUUUGGCUGACAUGUUGCCUCGCAUCGACAUUGCACCGCAGAUCACCGAAACGCUCCUGAAGGAGAUGUCCGACAAAGACUGGAAGACACGCAAUGAGGGUCUCAAUAAACUGCAAUCCAUUAUAAGUGAGGCAAAAUUAAUUAAACCUACAAUUGGCGACUUAGCGCCGGCACUUGCUCUCCGCUUGGUCGACUCGAAUGCAAAAAUCGCGCAAACCGCCAUGUCAAUAUGUGAGCAACUCGCUAAUGCUAUGGGCUCCGGCUGUAAAAGUCAUGUUCGCGCUCUUUUCCCCGGUUUCCUGCAUGCUCUUGGUGACAACAAAGCCGCAGUGCGUGCUGCUGCUUUGAGUUGCAUCAACAGUUUUGGCGAAAAAGGUGGAUACAAAGAAUUUUUCGAGAACGAAAUGAUCGCUGAUGCCCUGAAAACUGGUUCUCCAGCGCUCAAAUCCGAGUUGUGGGGUUGGCUAGCCGAACGUAUGCCUCAAAUGCCUCCUAAAUCCGUAUCGAAAGAGGAGUUGACGUCGAUGGUGCCACACUUGUAUGCACACAUCUGUGAUCGCAAUGUAGAUGUUCGCAAGAAUGCCAACGAGGCGGUAUUGGGCAUAAUGAUACACCUCGGUUUCGAGAGCAUGGUCAAAGCGCUCGAUAAACAGAAGCCGGCGUCCAAGAAGGAUAUACAAGCAGCAUUGGAUAAAGCACGGCCGAAUCUGCCAAUGAAACCUUUACCCAAAGGCAAACAACAAGCACCGAUAGAGGAGCCAACGAAGAAGACAGUGCGUGGUGGCGCACAGAAGAAUGCUACAGCUAAGGGUGGUGCAGCUGGGGCAGGUGAUAAGGCCAGCGGUGCUUCCUCGCGUAAAAAGGAUGAAGAUGUGGACACAUCACCAUUGUUGGCAGUUAAUAAUUCUAAAAAUCAACGCUUGAUUGAUGAGCAGAAAAUGCGCGUACUUAAGUGGACAUUCACAACGCCAAGGGAAGAGUUCAUUGAUUUACUCCGCGAACAAAUGACUACGGCCAAUGUAAAUAAGGGACUAAUGGCCAACAUGUUUCACGAUGACUUUAGGUACCAUUUAAAAGUUAUCGAAUCUUUGAACGAAGAUUUGCCCAACAACAGCAAAGCGUUAGUCUGUAAUCUGGAUUUAAUAUUAAAGUGGCUAUCGCUGCGUUUUUAUGAUACGAAUCCUUCGGUUUUGCUGAAGGGUCUCGAGUAUCUCAAUCAGGUUUUCCAGACAUUGGUCGAAAUGGAGUACAUACUUGCCGAAAACGAAGGCAGCGCAUUCAUACCACAUCUGCUGCUAAAGCUCGGCGAUCCCAAAGAUGCUGUGCGCGUUGGUGUACGCUCGCUGCUCCGUCAAAUAUUGCUUGUCUAUCCUUAUACCAAAGUAUUUGUGUACGUUAUGGAAGGACUCAAAUCCAAGAAUGCCCGUCAACGUACCGAAUGUUUAGAUGAGCUCGGCUAUUUGAUUGAAAAUUAUGGUUUAACGGUAUGUCAGCCCUCGCAACAGGUGGCAUUGAAGGAAAUUGCACGUCACAUAUCCGAUCGUGAUAACUCUGUGCGCAAUGCCGCAUUGAAUUGUGUAGUGCAGGCAUAUUUCUUAGCUGGCGAAAAGGUCUACAAGCUAAUUGGCCAACUGAAUGAAAAAGACUUGUCUAUGUUAGAUGAGCGUAUAAAACGCGCCAAGAAGACGCGAAAACCAACACCAGCUGCGCCGGACACAACAACAACUCUUGGCGUUGGUGGUAGCGGUGGUGUUGGCGUCAAAUCGGGUGCGCAGGUGGCGCAGCAGGAUAUCAUUGAAAUCGAUGAGCCUUCGAUGAAUGGAGUUUGCGAUGAGCUGCCACCGCCAGACGAGCAACCUACGCCGGCAGCAAGUGUGCAAUUGCAAUCGAAUGCGAAUGAAGCAAAUGCCAGUACGGAAUCAAAAGACAAGCGCGCCUCUUCGCUCAUAAGACAAGCAACUUUCGAUCAGCCUGCAUCCACACAAUACCAAUAUCAACAGCCCAAAACGAGCGGUCCCUUCGGCCUUGACCCCGAGAUUAUUGCCGAAAUCGAGAAGGGUUGGGUGCGUGUUGACCAAAUGCAGCAAGUGGAGGUGCCGCGUGUCGAUGUGUCACUCCUCUUCGAGCCGAUCAAAGUCAUACCGACACGCGACAAUGUGCAGUAUCCGAAGGAAAAAUUCGAGCAACUCAUUUCCCGUUCACACUAUAUACAACAACAGGCGGUGCACAAUACACCGCCACCACCAUCGGCGGCAGCGAUGGCUGCGGUUAGUGGCGGUGGUGGGUCGCCCUACGUGAGCCCCCAACAGCAUAUACACCAUCAGCAGCAAUUGAAUACGGCCGUUUAUGGUAGUGGGGCUGCCAAUUGUGGCAGCAACACGAAUUUGCAUCAGAUUUCGAAUAUUGUUGACGUUCUACCCAAACAUGAUCCUCAACUAAUCAAAAUGAUUAAGGCUAUCAGCAGCGUUGACACUUUAAAGGUGCGUGCUGCCAUCAGCGAACUUGCCGAGAUCAUUGAAUCACCCGAAAAACAGGCCGUACUGCGUGACUAUGAGGAAAUUUUCAUACAAAAUGUGCUCGCGCAGUUCAAAAAUUUAUCACAGGUGCCCAUUUCCGAAUCGUUGGUCGUCUAUCAACCGCUACUCUCCAUACUCUACUCAUUUUUCCACUCAAAAACGUUGGGUAAAACGCUGAGCGUUGCCUGCAUCAAAAAUUUAAUAUCUGCGUUGUUAAAUCUUAUGGCCGAUCAGAAGCUGAGCGCCGGCGAUGACGGUCAAUAUACUAAAGUUAUUAAUGGUAUUUGCUUGAAAGUGUUGGAUAAGACGAAUUUUACGAAUUUAAAUUGCGCAUUAAUACGCCUUUUACGUGAAACCUGUCCGGUGGCUGGCUUGCCAAAAUUCACCGAUCUGUUGAUGAAAUGCAUUUGGCGUAAUGUUAAAAUGUUACCCGAACGUACCAAUGAACUGAAUUAUGAUGCCGUCAUAUUGGAAGUGCACGAAUUUAUGUUGGCUUUACCAAGUAGCUGGUGGCAGACACGUCCAUCCGACACGCCUUUGCGUACCGUCAAGACAAUUAUUCAUAAUAUGGCUAAAGUAAAGGGCAAUGCCAUACUAAAUCAUCUCAAUCAAAUACCAACACAUUCAGAAUUGUACGCCUAUUUGAUAAAGAUACUAAAGAACUUGGCCAAGGAGGGUCACAUACCGAGCGCCUCACCCCAACGCUCCACCUCGGCUAAGGACGUGCAUGGCAAACGCAUUUCAAAUCAAACGCACGAAACCAUGUCCCAGAUAUUUAAAUUAAUCUCAGAUAAGGAAACAAAGCAGCAAGGCCUGCUAAAACUCUAUGAGUUUAAGGUACAAAAUCCCGAUAUUGAUUUAACGACGUUCCUUAAAGGUGCCAGCCCCAGCUUUCAGAAAUACAUAGAAGACGGUUUGGCUGAAAUUGAACGCGCUGUAGCACAAUCUGGUGGUGCGGGCGAUGGUAUGCAGUACACGCAAAAUGGUGACAAUCGCAUAGCUUCAUCACGAUUUUCCUAUCUGACAGAUGCCAAUUUCCAACAUCAAACCACUUCUGCAGGCAGCAGUGGUGGCAGCGCUGGCGGUGUUAAGACAGCGGAUCCGGACUUUUGGAUGGAUCGCUUAAAUCAUCUCAUUUCAAAAGCUAACCUUAGUCGCAACGCUGACGGCAUGAGUGCCACGCACACAAUGCUCAUGGACAAUAAGGUAGCGGAUGAAAAUCUGAGUUUGAACACGAUGAAUGCGCAACAGAAGAUGUCGUCGCUAAUACGAAGAGAUGCGAGUAAACCUGAAUUGUCGCCGAAUCGCCUGCAGCACUUACAAGCCAAGUUAGCGGCGUUCAAGAAAGAGAAUCACGCUUAGAGGGGAGAAUCAUUUUUGGGGGAAUUACUUAUAGGCAGACAUUCGUUAGCUUCGUAAGCGGUAAUGAGCGACGUAGCGCUGCAUUGGCGGUGACGAAAACAAAAUAUUUUCUCUGUAUGUGAAUGGAAAUAUUAAAAUAAGAAACAAUAACAACAAACAAAAUGAAGAGAGAAAAUCCAUUGUAGUACUGCAGAGCCUAAGAGCAAACGCUGAAAAUAGUAUGGAAAGCGCGAUAGAUGUGAAGCGUAGAGAAGAAGAUGAGAAUCACGUAUAUACACAUAAAUGAAGUAAACAAGCAAACCACAACAACUACAAUAAGCGAAUAUAUAUUAUAUAUCAAAAGUCAAAAAAUUGUAAUUUGCAUGGAAUAAAUCAGCAGUGACAACUACAACAGGAAAAGACUGCAAAACAGGAAACCGUUUACGCAAAUGAAAAUCACAAGCGAGCUUGAACUAGAGCGAUAGGAGCAAGCAUUAAAAUUCAAUGAAAGAGAAUUAUCAGUACGUGGCGGUAGUGUAACCACCUAGCGUAAAUGGAUGAUGAGCUAGCAGUGGAAAGGAAAGAUACAGGCCGCAGCAGAAGAACUAAUAUUAUAUACUACUACUAAUGCAUUACUCUUAAUCACUACUACAAUUAUUACACACCUACACACCCACACACAAGUACAUAAAUACAUAUAUACACACACCCAUACACUGGUAUUUAUGCUUAAUAUAAAUUUUACUAUAUAUUCUUAAAUUAUUACCAAAACUCAAAUUAAAAAAAGAAACCACAAAACAAAGGAAAUCGAAAAUGGGAAUUUAAUUGAAGUUGAAAUUGAGUAAUAAAGGCAUAUGAAUGAAAAUGAGUGAUGCACAUGUCUGUUCGGAAAUAGGCGACAGUGAGCAUAAUAUUAGUUUAAUAACAAUAUUUACUGAAACUAUAAUUAAUUUAAAACUGAAAUUUAAAGUAAACAAAAUAUAUAAGAAAAAAAAAAAACAAUUAAAAGAAAACGAGUGAUGUCUGUACUACAUAUAACGGCGACAAAUGGCGGCGCAAAUUAAUGAGAUUUUAUUAAAUAAAUAAUUUACUUAAUUUUAGGCAACAUGUGCAUGGUUGAAAAGCAAAUAAACACACAAUAAAUACAUGAGCAAAGUAAUACAAAUGUAUACUCGAUGAGAAGAGAAGCAGUGCAUGCAUACCACUGGUAGCGAAGAGUGAAUGCAGACAGUUGAGCGACAGCCGCUGAUUGCUGCAUUUAAGCAUGGUUGAGGAGACGGACAGUUUUUAUUGAAUUAAGUAGUUGAGUUACUGUGUGUUAAAGAUAUAAAUAUGUUUUUAUUAUUAAUUUAAUCACGUAUCUCCUGAAAUUUUAGUAAUACUGAAAUUAUCCUAGUUAUUUAACUGCAAGCUGUAAUUGAUACUACGUAACUAUUUUUUAGGCAAACAUUUUCAAAUACUUUUACAAGGCAUACUGACAGUUUAUCUUCAUAAGUUAUUAAUCCAACUUUGGCGUAUUCCCAGUGAAUAAAUUACCAUACAACACAAAAACAAAAGGGGUAAACACAAAGUAGGAAAAUUUGGUUUUGUGUGGUAUAGUAACUUAUGGAAAUGAUUUAUUCAUAGGAAAUUCGCGAUAAGGCCGAAUAAACCAAAAUUUUGUUUUGUCAUUUAGGCGCCCAAGAUGUGAAAGUUUUUUAAUUUGUGUUACGUGACGUUUAAAUUCAGUAAAAUUUAAGUAUUUUCAGUAACAUUUUUGAUCGAGCAAGUCGAGUUUGUUUGGGUUUUUAAAUUUGCACCCAGGGAUUAUGAGUAUUUUGACCGCAAUUUUGAAAUGCUGAAGAGAUGCAAUGUCUGGUGCAAAGCACUUUUUCUGGUUACUAGGCUGUAAAUGAUAUCUUCAGCCUUUUUGCAGCAAGUAAAGGCGCAGUGUGUCAAAUUGAUAUAUAUAAAGUUAAAGUUAUGUUGCGAAAAAAUAAAAUUGUGCUAUUAUUCAUAAACAAAAUUAUGAUUUUAUAAACAAAGUAAUAGGCUAUUAAGUUCAGAAAAGUCUUCAGAAAAUAUUUAAAUGCCUAAGAAGGGUUAAAGCUUGAUACAUACAGAAAACGUCGCCUAUACCAACUAGAUCAGCUGCACCUAAAGGAGGGUGAAUUGUCUUUUAAAGCCAAAUAAAAAUGCGUUACUUGGAAUAAUUUAGUAAGGACGUAUUCACACUCAGAGUUGCGUGUUAGUUAAAUCCCAUUGUGCGGUUACUUUCAAUGCAAGAAAGGGACAUAUUUCGGGUGGUUAGUGAUCGCCUACAUAAACAACUAAGGCCCAAGUUCGAAAUUGUGCAUGAAAACAGGCAUCCUCCAGAAAGCAUUUGAUCGGCUAUGUAAACGCACCUUAAGCGACUUAUUUAAAUAGAAAAAAAUACACUGUUACUUCUGCGUGCAAAAAACGGCUUUAUUAUAAAAAACUCGAACCAAAUUGUGGCAUAAAUAUGGAAUGUGAAUAAAUAUGUUAAUUGAUGCUGUGUUCAUAAAUGUGUAUAUAAAGCCACGAACUAAUCAAAUUACGUCGAGUGUUUCCUUUCAACUGCAAAAGGGGAAAACCAGUCGGUUCUGUGGUAACGUUACAACACGGACUUAUAUCCGGCUCCAGCAGCAUUACCCAAAUAUUCAUGAAAAGUAUUUAUGCUGUAACAACAACAAAACAUAUAUAAAAAAUUCUCAAUGAGGCGAUUUUUUAACGGUUGGAGUUCUUUUGGGCAAUACCUGUCAUAGCCAUUGAUCGCUUAGAUAAACACCCAAGGACAAGGCGAAACGGAACGUUAACGGAACGUCCCAGAUGAAGCGCUAACAUUUCAAAAAGCAACUAUUGUCUAUGAUAACUCAACUACAUCGGCAUAUCUUUUGAGACACCAAAAAUGUAUUAUGCGCAUUGACUAAGCUUUACUUUUAGCAGUUCAGUCAAUUCAUAACACGGCAGCUUGGAUCUAUUAAAAAUGUUUUUUUUUUUUUUUUUUUUUUUUUUUAAUCACAGGUCACUCGUUACCGUGUAAGUUCGGAUUUUUUAAAUUGUAUGCGAGAAUUGGCGAAAAAGGCGUAAAUAAAUAUACGAGUGCACAAAUAUCGAUUUGAGAGGAAAGGCCCGUCAGGAUUUUUGGUUUGUUACUGAAAUACGAUUUUUGAAAUUGGUACUAAAAUGUUCACCCCAACUGCAUUGAAAUUCAUUCGAAAGCGAAUUAUAGACUAUUUCAUUACCUGUCUAUACUUUAAUUAAAGAGUAAAUUGAUUAUGGACACAAAUAGCUAAUAUUUACGCCUCAAUUUGAGAUGAACUACUGAUUUUAGAGAAAUUUUACGUUGAAAAGAAAUUUCAUAUUCUUAAUUAAAAUUGAAGAAUUCACGCUUUGGGUGCCAAAAUAAGUGUGAAACGUUAUAAAAAAUUAAAAAAAUCAAAUAAAACUGAUAAGAAUAAAACUAAAUUCAAACUCAAUAUCUUUUUUUAGUUCCGCACUAAUUUCUACAUUCGGCAUAGCAAAAAGUUCUAUGUGCUUUGAAAAUGUAUGCCAACAUUACGCUUAUCGACUUUGUGACAGCCUACUAAAGCGACUACAAAAACAAGAUUCGAAUAGCUAGAAUCAGCUUUUAGAAUUAGAGUUUUAAAUUCAAUUAUGCAAAGUAAAAAAGUGAACAAAACGUUAUUUGUUUUUUGUUUUUUUAAUUAUUAUGUUUAGUCUGCGGCAAAAAUGCAAACAGCCCUAAAUAGUAAAAAAAUAAAGAAACACAAACAAAUUUAAACAAUUGUAACACUGCACGGCUACUUGUAAGCAAACUCUAUGCAUACUAAUAAAAAUUAUUUAACACUUCACUCGAUGCGUAAGAUGCGCAGAAAACAAAAUUGAAAUUUAAAAUAUUAAAAAAAUGACUCCAAAAAAGCCAAGAAAAAAUCAACUACAAACAAAAAAAUUUCGUUUGGAAAAAUACUCUUCGCUCGCUAGGAAAACAGCAUAAGCUUAAUAAAACUAGUAUUAUACUUUUAUGUUAAAUUUAAUCUAAAUUCCAAAGAUAAGCAAAAAAAAAAGAAUAAAAUAAAAAAUGAUCCGCCGUCGCUUGUAGUACCAGAAAAUAUUUUAUUUACUUAUAUGCUUUUUUGCCCUUAAGUAGUUAGCAAUUUUCAUUCUAAAUAUGUUAUGCUAUUAAAUAUGUUAUACAAUAUGUUGUGCGGUGGCAAAAAAGCGAGUAUUUUUAUUACCUACUUUUUAUAUAAAUUAUUAACUGUUAAGCAGCUUAUCAAAUCCUAAGUUUCUAUUUUAAAUAUUUUUGUUACGUUAACAUUAAAUUAAUUAAUAAAUUCAUUAAAAUACCUAUAAACAAAUUCAAAAACAUGUUCUAGUAAGAUAUAAUACACAUUCAUAUGUUACAUGCACACACAACCCAUGCAUAAGCACACACAUACAUACAUACAUAUAAACUGUUAAUAGAAACAAGCGCGUAGUUGCCUUCAUUUAAUGUUACUAAAAAUUUGAUGCUUUUUUUAUUUUUUUAAACUUUGUUGAACUGUUGUUCUUUUUGUUUCACCUUGAAGUUUGCAGUCAGUCCUUCUUUUGCUGCUGUGUAAGCACUCGAAACGCCCUAUAAGUAUCGUUUUUAAAUAUUUAUUGUAAAUUUGCAAGCCUCUGUAGCUAACAUUUAUACAAAAUAGUCGGUAAGUCUUGGUUUUUUUAAAUAUGUUACUUCAUUAAAAUUUUUGUUUUUUUAUUAAACUGUCACUACCUUGCGUUUCCAUAUCGUUACUAAUUUCUUUUUCAUAAUAAUUUUUAAAGUUUUUUUUUCAUUCGCUAUUCAUUAAAGCCAUUUUUAAAGUACUUUUAUGUUCUAAGUUAACCCGCUUGGGUGAAUAUUUUUUUAUAUGCUUGAAUAAAAGUUUAUUUCUAAUUUCCUAACAAUGCAAAAGUAUAAAAAUAAAAGCAGUCACAUGUUUUAAAUAACGAAAA